ACACAGCUGGAAGCAAAACGGCGAGACGUGCUCGAGAUGAAGACGCUCUUCAUCCUAUUCGCUAUCCUAGGGAUAACAGCAGCAAAGGCUGUUCCCGUUCACCGUGUGAAUACACACACUCGCGACCUGCAAGAUGACCUCAACGACUUCCUCGCCCUCAUUCCCAUCGACGAAAUUGUGAACAUUGUGCUUAACCACUUGGCCAAUGACCCUGAGGUGCAGGCUGUCGUUGAAUACGUGCUCUCUGAUGACUUCAAGAGCAUUGUCCUGGCCAUCGACGCUCUCCCAGAGUACAUUGAUUUCCUCAACUACCUGCAAGAGUCCGGCCUCGAUGUCUACAAAUACGUGAACAUUCUACACGACUUCCUGGGACUGCCCCAGCUUACUCCUCCAUCCAAGCUGAGACGCACCAGGAGCAUCCGUUCCAUGGUCGACGAGAUUCUCGCCAUCUUGCCACUGGACGAACUCCAGGCUCUGUUCUACGAGAAGCUGGAAACCAGCCCCGACUUCAAGGAGCUCUACGACAGGAUCAGGUCUCCCGAAUUCCAGUCGAUCGUGGAAACUCUGAACUCGUUGCCAGAGUACCAGGAGCUGCUCCAGAAACUGAGGGACGCCGGGAUCGACGUCGACGCUUUCAUUGAUCUGAUUCGCGGUCUCUUCGGCCUUCCAUCAAGCUCCAGCAACAAGAUUUGUUUCCAUGUAACUGCCAAGAAGGCCAACCGCAACCUCCAGGAUGACCUCAAUGACUUCCUCGCCCUCAUUCCCAUCGACGAAAUUGUGAAUAUUGUGCUUAACCACUUGGCCAACGACCCUGAGGUGCAGGCUGUCGCUGAAUACGUGGUCUCUGAUGACUUCAAGAGCAUUGUCCUGGCCAUCGACGCUCUCCCAGAGUACAUUGAUUUCCUCAACUACCUGCAAGAGUCCGGCCUCGAUGUCUACAAAUACGUGAACAUUCUACACGACUUCCUGGGACUGCCCCAGCUUACUCCUCCAUCCAAGCUGAGACGCACCAGGAGCAUCCGUUCCAUGGUCGACGAGAUUCUCGCCAUCUUGCCACUGGACGAACUCCAGGCUCUGUUCUACGAGAAGCUAGAAACCAGCCCCGACUUCAAGGAGCUCUACGACAGGAUCAGGUCUCCCGAAUUCCAGUCGAUCGUGGAAACUCUGAACUCGCUGCCAGAGUACCAGGAGCUGCUCCAGAAACUGAGGGACGCCGGGAUCGACGUCGACGCAUUCAUUGAUCUGAUUCGCGGUCUCUUCGGCCUUCCAUCAAGCUCCAGCAACAAGAUUCGUUUCCAUGUAACUGCCAAGAAGGCCAACCGCAACCUCCAGGAUGACCUCAACGACUUCCUCGCCCUCAUUCCCAUCGACGAAAUUGUGAACAUUGUGCUUAACCACUUGGCCAAUGACCCUGAGGUGCAGGCUGUCGUUGAAUACGUGCUCUCUGAUGACUUCAAGAGCAUUGUCCUGGCCAUCGACGCUCUCCCAGAGUACAUUGAUUUCCUCAACUACCUGCAAGAGUCCGGCCUCGAUGUCUACAAAUACGUGAACAUUCUACACGACUUCCUGGGACUGCCCCAGCUUACUCCUCCAUCCAAGCUGAGACGCACCAGGAGCAUCCGUUCCAUGGUCGACGAGAUUCUCGCCAUCUUGCCACUGGACGAACUCCAGGCUCUGUUCUACGAGAAGCUGGAAACCAGCCCCGACUUCAAGGAGCUCUACGACAGGAUCAGGUCUCCCGAAUUCCAGUCGAUCGUGGAAACUCUGAACUCGCUGCCAGAGUACCAGGAGCUGCUCCAGAAACUGAGGGACGCCGGGAUCGACGUCGACGCAUUCAUUGAUCUGAUUCGCGGUCUCUUCGGCCUUCCAUCAAGCUCCAGCAACAAGAUUCGUUUCCAUGUAACUGCCAAGAAGGCCAACCGCAACCUCCAGGAUGACCUCAACGACUUCCUCGCCCUCAUUCCCAUCGACGAAAUUGUGAACAUUGUGCUUAACCACUUGGCCAAUGACCCUGAGGUGCAGGCUGUCGUUGAAUACGUGCUCUCUGAUGACUUCAAGAGCAUUGUCCUGGCCAUCGACGCUCUCCCAGAGUACAUUGAUUUCCUCAACUACCUGCAAGAGUCCGGCCUCGAUGUCUACAAAUACGUGAACAUUCUACACGACUUCCUGGGACUGCCCCAGCUUACUCCUCCAUCCAAGCUGAGACGCACCAGGAGCAUCCGUUCCAUGGUCGACGAGAUUCUCGCCAUCUUGCCACUGGACGAACUCCAGGCUCUGUUCUACGAGAAGCUGGAAACCAGCCCCGACUUCAAGGAGCUCUACGACAGGAUCAGGUCUCCCGAAUUCCAGUCGAUCGUGGAAACUCUGAACUCGCUGCCAGAGUACCAGGAGCUGCUCCAGAAACUGAGGGACGCCGGGAUCGACGUCGACGCAUUCAUUGAUCUGAUUCGCGGUCUCUUCGGCCUUCCAUCAAGCUCCAGCAACAAGAUUCGUUUCCAUGUAACUGCCAAGAAGGCCAACCGCAACCUCCAGGAUGACCUCAACGACUUCCUCGCCCUCAUUCCCAUCGACGAAAUUGUGAACAUUGUGCUUAACCACUUGGCCAAUGACCCUGAGGUGCAGGCUGUCGUUGAAUACGUGCUCUCUGAUGACUUCAAGAGCAUUGUCCUGGCCAUCGACGCUCUCCCAGAGUACAUUGAUUUCCUCAACUACCUGCAAGAGUCCGGCCUCGAUGUCUACAAAUACGUGAACAUUCUACACGACUUCCUAGGACUGCCCCAGCUUACUCCUCCAUCCAAGCUGAGACACACCAGGAGCAUCCGUUCCAUGGUCGACGAGAUUCUCGCCAUCUUGCCACUGGACGAACUCCGGGCUCUGUUCGACGAGAAGCUGGAAACCAGCCCCGACUUCAAGGAGCUCUACGACAGGAUCAGGUCUCCCGAAUUCCAGUCGAUCGUGGAAACUCUGAACUCGCUGCCAGAGUACCAGGAGCUGCUCCAGAAACUGAGGGACGCUGGCAUCGACGUCGACGCAGUCAUUGACCUGAUCCGCGGUCUUUUCGGCCUGCCAACAAGCAGCAGCAACAAGAUUCGAUUCCACAUAACUGCCAAGAAGGCCAACCGCAACCUCCAGGAUGACCUCAAUGACUUCCUCGCCCUCAUCCCCGUCGACGAAAUUGUCGCUAUCGUGCUCGACCACUUGGCCAACGACCCUGAGGUGCAGGCUGCUGUUCAGUACAUACUCUCCGAUGACUUCAAGAGCAUUGUCCUGGCCAUCGACGCUCUCCCAGAAUACAUUGAUUUCCUCAACUACCUGCAAGAGUCCGGCCUCGAUGUCUACAAAUACGUGAACGCUCUACACGACUUCCUGGGACUGCCCCAGCUUACUCCUCCAUCCAAGCUGAGACACACCAGGAGCAUCCGUUCCAUGGUCGACGAGAUUCUCGCCAUCUUGCCACUGGAAGAACUCCGGGCUCUGUUCGAUGAGAAACUGGAAACCAGCCCCGACUUCAAGGAGCUGUACGACAGGAUCAGGUCUCCAGAAUUCCAGUCGAUCGUGGAAACUCUGAACUCGCUGCCAGAGUACCAGGAGCUGCUCCAGAAACUGAGGGACGCUGGCAUCGACGUCGACGCAGUCAUUGACCUGAUCCGCGGUCUUUUCGGCCUGCCAACAAGCAGCAGCAACAAGAUUCGAUUCCACAUAACUGCCAAGAAGGCCAACCGCAACCUCCAGGAUGACCUCAAUGACUUCCUCGCCCUCAUCCCCGUCGACGAAAUUGUCGCUAUCGUCACCGAUCACUUGGCCAACGACCCUGAGGUGCAGGCUGCUGUUCAGUACAUACUCUCCGAUGACUUCAAGAGCAUUGUCCUGGCCAUCGACGCUCUCCCAGAAUACAUUGAUUUCCUCAACUACCUGCAAGAGUCCGGCCUCGAUGUCUACAAAUACGUGAACGCUCUACACGACUUCCUGGGACUGCCCCAGCUUACUCCUCCAUCCAAGCUGAGACACACCAGGAGCAUCCGUUCCAUGGUCGACGAGAUUCUCGCCAUCUUGCCACUGGACGAACUCCAGGCUCUGUUCAACGAGAAGCUGGAAACCAGCCCCGACUUCAAGGAGCUCUACGACAGGAUCAGGUCUCCCGAAUUCCAGUCGAUCGUGGAAACUCUGAACUCGCUGCCAGAGUACCAGGAGCUGCUCCAGAAACUGAGGGACGCUGGCAUCGACGUCGACGCAGUCAUUGACCUGAUUCGCGGUCUUUUCGGCCUUCCUACGAAGAAAUUUUAAACGACAAUUUUAGCAGAUAAAUACAACGUGUUAUUGCCUGUGGUGUGCAUUAUGGGAAGACUGAAGUGUUGUUUUCGAACUAUGAGCACGUGAAUAAAUUAUUUUUCAGCGUAA